AAAAGAGACACAGAGAAAGAGAGCUGAAUAGAAAAUUUGAUUUCGUGGGAAGGACAACGAAAAGAGGGUUGCGUGCAAUGAAUAUCCGAAAAUCGAGUUGAAAUCAACGAAAAGCUCAAAAGACGAGAAGAAGACAAUCGAAUCUUCAUCGUCGUUUUCCCGUCUCCUCCUUCUCGAUGAGUGUGGAACUUGAAAAAGACGGGCUUCUUCAAAGAAGGAGAAGAAUCAGAAGAAAGAACAUGUUAUUUGUCCCCUUGUUGGUCAUUUUGACUUUCAACGCUGUAAUUGUAGGAACAAUAACCUGUUUUAACUGCGAGAGUGACUUUCAAGGCGCUUUACGAUGCCAACAGCCAUGUGAAGGAUCUCAAUGUGUCGUUUGGAAAUGGAAUUCUCGAUCAGAACUUGCAAUUAAACAAGGAUGUCUUCAAGGGGUUGACAAGCAGUGGACAGCUAAAGUUGGAUGCAGAACAAAUCAUUUGGGUGCUUCACUUUGUGUUUGCGAUGAUGGUCCUCUGUGUAACCGCGUUGAGAGAGCUGAGCAAACAGCACGUCCACUUCCACAAAUACGUCUUCCAGCUGUUGAAUGUCAAAGUAAAGUUGUGAGCACAGGAUUUGUUGGGCCUAGACGGGAGAAAGUAUGUACAUCCAAUUAUUGCCAUGUUACAAAAACUGAAACUUUUUCUGAAGAGGAAAAUCAAAACACUGAAAUAUUGAGUGUUUCGAAUUGUGGUGAUAUACCUGAAUUUGACUUCGACGUUCGACUCAAAAAUUCAAUUGGGUUUCCGGGUCUCUAUUCAAAUGGUUGUUACCGUAUUCAAGUUGAAAAACGAUCAGCAAUGGUUGAUUGUGUAUGCUCGAAUAAUAAAUGUAAUGAAAUGAUUCCCGAAAUAGAAACUGGUCAUGUGAGAUGUUACAUGGGAAAGGAUUUCAGAAAUACGAGCCAGGUGGAUUCCCACGAGUUCUGUGACGGAGAUUUUUGUUUAAUACAAGAUGUACAUGGACGAGUAUCAAAAGGAUGCAUUUCAUUGAAUGAACGAAAUAGUUGGAGCCAUUUAAAAAGUGGACAUCGUCGAAUUCUUGGAGUUGAACAAUGGUUAUGCCAGGCUCAUUUGUGCAAUUAUGAUACCGAACGGGCAAUGAAAUCGGUUAGAAGUAUGAGAGCUGGCAAGACGAAUUCAGUUCGAAUGAAUGCAAGUUACAGUAUUUUGGUGUUGGCUUCAUUGAUUGUAAUGGGAAAUAUUUUGCGGUUAAAUUGGCUUUAAUUUAUUUAAUAAAUGA